AUGGCCGAGGUCACAGAGCGCAAGCAGCGCAAAAGCGUGGCCUUUGCCGAAGGCCAAACCAUCGUGGACGAGUUUGGACAAGUGACCGAGUCGACCGAGACGUUGGGCCGUCAGCAAUCCGCAGAGUCACAUUCUUUGCCAGCCAACGGCGAGACAGAGGACAAGCAAGUGGAUGAGAUGACGGCCAUGUUCGAGGGCCUGGCGAAGAAGAAGAAAAAGAAGGCGAAGAAGGAGGAGGACGAGACUGCGGUGACUGAGGAGAAGGCGGCGGGAGAGGAUGUGGACGACCUGGACCUCAGUGCUCUCAAGAAGAAAAAGAAGAAGAAGCCCAAGACCGCGGACGAUGACUUCGAGGCGAAGCUCGCGGAGGCGGGCGAAGACAAAGACGCCACUCCUGCCGACGACGAGACCAAGGCGGAUGAAGUGGCCGGCGUGCAAGACGGCGACCCGAUCAAAGGCACGGGUAUCUGGGCGCACGACGAAGGAAAGCCCAUCAACUACGAAAGUCUGCUCUCCCGCUUCUUCACCCUUCUUCACGACUCUCAUCCCGACCUCGCUUCCGCCGGCGGCAAGUCCUACAAGAUCCCACCCCCGCAGUGUCUGCGUGAAGGCAACAAGAAGACCAUCUUCGCAAACAUCGCGGACAUCUGCAAGCGCAUGAAGAGAACCGACGAGCAUGUCACUCAAUUCUUGUUCGCGGAAUUGGGUACCAGCGGCUCCGUGGACGGCAGCCGACGCCUAGUCAUCAAGGGUCGCUUCCAGCAGAAGCAGAUCGAAAACGUCCUGCGCCGAUACAUCCUGGAAUACGUCUCGUGCAAGACUUGCAGAAGCAUGGACACGGAACUUAACAAGGGCGAGAACAGACUGUACUUCGUCACGUGCAACUCGUGUGGAAGUCGGAGGAGUGUCACCGCGAUCAAGACUGGUUUCUCUGCCCAAGUGGGCAAGCGGAAGAGACAGCAAGGAUAG